GCUCCUGAUUGGUCAGUUGGGCUUUCCGGUUUGCAGUCCUCGCAUUUCAAAAUUGUUUGGAGAGUAUUCGAAUCGCCAUUGUUGCGUUCAAAACAUUUUAUUAUUGAAACCGACCGGGAACGCAGUGUUUAUUUCACAAAAUAUAUCGAACGUGAACGUACCCAAGCCAAGAUAUGGCGCAACGUGUCCCUACAGCGGACACUGGGGCCAAGAAGACGUCCCGUGUGCGGGUGGCCGUCCGUCUGCGGCCCUACAUGGAGAAGGAGGACGACAAGGCCGAAGGUCCAUGUGUCCGCGGGCUGGACUCCCAGAACCUGGAGAUAAUCAACUGGAGGAACGCCACGGAGACAGUAAAAUACCAUUUUGACGCCUUCCACGAUGAGCAGACGACCCAGCAAGGUGUGUUCCUCGCCUCCGUGAAGCCCAUCCUACCACACAUUCUGACUGGACAGAACGCCAGCGUGUUGGCCUACGGGCCCACAGGAGCAGGUAAGACGCACACCAUGCUGGGCAGCCGUGAGCGACCCGGGGUCAUCCCCCGCGCUGUGAAGGAGGUCUUCAACCUGGUCCGCCCCCAGGAGGAGGCGCAGGACGGCUGGGGCUGCAGUUUGACCAUGUCCUACCUGGAGAUCUACAACGAGAAGGUUCUGGACCUGCUGUCCCCGAGCACCCAGGACCUGCCCAUCAGGGAAGACAAGGACCGCAACAUCCUGAUCCCGGGGCUGACGCAGACCCCGCUCGCCUCCUUCGCAGACUUUGACCAACACUUUGUCCCCGCCAGUCUGAACCGGACCACCGCCUCCACAAAGCUGAAUCAGCGCUCCAGUCGCAGCCAUGCCAUUCUGCUCAUCAAGGUGGUGCGGACGCAGCGCGCCCCGCCCCACCGGCAGCAGACGGGGAAGCUGUACCUGGUGGACCUGGCCGGCUCGGAGGACAACCGGCGCACGGGGAACCAGGGCCUCCGGCUGAAGGAGAGCGGCGCCAUCAACCUGUCCCUCUUCACCCUCAGCAAGGUGGUGGACUCCCUGAACGGCGGCACGGGCGGCCGCGUGCCGUACCGCGACAGCAAGCUGACGCGCCUGCUGCAGGACUCGCUCGGAGGCUCCUCCCACUCCGUCAUGAUCACAAACAUCGCCCCGGAGUACAGCUACUACUUCGAUACAUUCAGCGCACUGAACUUUGCCGCCAAGUCCAAACUCAUCGUCAACAAGCCCUUCGUCCGCGAGACGCUCACGGUCCCCGUCCCACAGGUCAAACGACCCCGGGAGGAGGCUGAGGGGGACCAGCUGAGGAAGAAACACAAAGACGGCCGCAAACCAAGCACAGCCUCUCCUCCGGCCCCGCACCCCAGCAGUACAUCAGCACCCUCUAUGCUGGACAGACUCGUAGCGCUGGAGAAGCUGAUGAUGGGCUGUCAGGAGAAGGACAAGCCGACCAUGAAGCAGUCACGCAAAGAGACCGAGGAGUUGAAGGAGAGGCAAAAGGAGUUUGAGAGCAAGUCUCGCCUCAACUGCCCGUCUGGCAGCGGUUUGUCUUGGGAGACCUCAUCGUCCAAUCAAGACUCUUUGUUCAGGAACAACCUGCCUCCUCUGCAGCGGAAGCUCAUCUCGGGCAACACUGCCAAGCCCAAGAAACAGCAGGCGGUGGUUCUACCUCUCCAGGUUACCCAGCUGCAGCCUCUCAAGCAGGUGUUGGUGGUGAAGACGUCGUCUGUCUGCAUGAAGAAGAAACGGCAGCAGUUGGACCAGGAUGAGGAGCCGAAGGGGAAGGAGAACAUGGCUCCGUCGGGCUGGGAGUCCCACCUGGACCGCUCCCUGGUGGAGCGGUCCAAGCAGGAGAUCCUGACGCUCCUCAACACCGGCUCCCACAAAGACCUGAAGGGCCUGCAGCUCAUCGGGGACAAGAAGGCCAAGCUCAUCCUCGGCUGGAGAGAGAUCUACGGCAGCUUCACCAAGUUGGAGGACCUGAUCCAGAUAGAAGGCAUCACAGAGAAGAGGUUUUCCUCCUUCAUGAAGGCAAACCUCCUGAGUUCCAUUGGGUUAUGACCUCUUCGGCGUCUGAAUUGAAAUGUUUUUGUACAGUUUAGUAAUGUAUACUUGUAUCUUGCACCUCUUUUGGUGUUUUUUUUAAUGUUUUUGUUUCUUAUAAUGUUUUACUGUGAUAAUUGCCUGGUGGUAAUUUAUCUUUUAAUAAACCUUUUAUUCACAUAA